GUAGAAAGGUAGGUAGAUGGGAUACUAUGUAUUGUAAAUAUAAUGAGAAGGAAUUAAAAUAGAUGUAAAUAUUAAUAAGAAUAUUUUAAUAAUUAGUGGUGGUGGAUUUUAUGAUGAAGAAGGAAAUGAGAAAAAGAUUGGAAAGUGGGUUGAAUUGGAUGAUAAGAAUUAUGAUUAAAAAUAAUUCACCUACAAUGGUGAAUAUAAUGUGAAUGGUAGAAAGGUAGGUAGAUGGGAUACUAUGUAUUGUAAAUAUAAUGAAAAGGAAUUAAAAUAGAUGUAAAUAUUAUUAAUAAGAAUAUUUUAAUAAUUAGUGGUGGUGGAUUUUAUGAUGAAGAAGGAAACGAGAAAAAGAUUGGAAAGUGGGUUGAAUUGGAUAAGAAUUAUGAUUAAAAAUAAUUCACCUACAAUGGAGAAUAUAAUGUGAAUGGUAGAAAGGUAGGUAGAUGGGAUACUAUGUAUUGUAAAUAUAAUGAAAAGGAAUUAAAAUAGAUGUAAAUAUUAAUAAGUAUAUUUUAAUAAUUAGUGGUGGUGGAUUUUAUGAUUAAGAUGGAAAUCAGAUAAAGAUUGGAAAGUGGAUAGAAUUAGAUAAAAAAUUUAAUCACUAUAAUUAGAUCAUAUAUAGUGGAGAAUAUAAUAUAAAUUGUAUGAAGGUAGGUAGAUGGGAUA